AUGAAAGCACUCUCAUCGUUUCAACAGAAACUUCUCAUUGCCGUUCUAGUGCCAACAAUCAUUAUCGGAACAUGUGCAAUAUUGUUGGCCAUCCUAGUGCCCAUCGGUGUGGUGAAUAGUGUUCCACCCGAAUAUUGUUUUUCAACAGAGAAUUUAAAGGCAUUCAAUGUGGGAGAUGUGCUGACCUUGUCUCGAGGUGAUGAUUUCAAGAUGACAAUUUCUUUUACAAAUUUCACAAAUUCAAAUGAAACAACGAAAGUGGGGCGAAUGAAAUACAGAUCUUGGGCUAUUCCAAGAAGUGUGGAUUUAAUGAAUAUGGAUGAAAAAGGAAGUGCAGUAUUAAGGAAUUCUGGAGUCCUUGUUUCAGAUUAUACGUACGAGUUGUGGGAAUGCAUUGUAUCAGAUCCUUCCAAUUUGGUGAAGUUCGGACAUGUGGUGUAUGACUACAGAAAUACUCAGUACUUAUUUUACAAUGCAGCUGGAGCACUAGUGGCCUGGAUGACCUACAAUUCAGUUUCAUCCUCUCUUGAUUCAAAGACCUAUCAACUAUUCAACUCGAAUGGAGACAAAAUUGCAACCAUUACGAGGCCAUCCAUGUCUGUAUUUCAACGAGCAGUGGAUUACACUUGCACCUUUCAGUUGUCCACCAAUGCCAACAUGAUUGAUUUCAGAGGAGUCAUUCUAAUGUUUGGAAGUAUUGCACUCAAGUAA